CCUCCAAUCUCUCUUCAUGGAUCUCUCUGAGAUUCAUCAUCUCUUCCAAAUGUUCGAUCACAAUGGCGACGGCAAGAUCACCACUCAAGAGCUAACCAUGUCUCUUGAAAACCUCGGGAUCAACAUCCCCGAGGACGAUCUUGGACACAUGAUUGAUCAUAUCGACACAAACGGUGAUGGAUCCGUGAACAUGGAGGAGUUUCGGGGGUUGUAUGAAACAAUAAUGGAGGAGUGGGACGAAGAAGAGGAAAUACAACAAGUGUUCUACGUGUUCCAUGAAGCAAUAAUGCAGGAAAGGGAUGAAGAAGAGGAUAUCCGAGAGGCAUUCAAUGUGUUUGACAAGAACGGAGAUGGGUUCAUCUCGGUUGACGAGCUUACGUCCGUGUUGUCGUCGCUCGGGCUGAGACAGGGUCGAACCAUCGACGAAUGCUGGCUCAUGAUCAAGAUGGUGGAUGAGGAUGGAGAUGGGGUGGUGGAUUUUGGAGAGUUCAGAAAGAUGAUGAGAGGUGGCACAUUUGCUGCUUUGCAAACAUCUUGA